AUGAGGAUCGCGUGCCUUCAGUUCGCGCCGGUCUCGGGCGAUGUCGACAACAACCUUAACCGAGCCGAUUCGGUGCUUAACCGCUCGAUGCAACCAGAUCACGACGGGCUUGACCUUCUCGUGCUUCCAGAGCUUGCAUUUUCCGGCUCCAAGUUUCGAUCGUUACAAGACAUCUCGCCUUUCCUUGAGCAUUCGGGCUCCGGGAUCAGCUCACUCUGGGCUCGGACAACUGCCCUCAAGUACAAUUGUAAUGUUGUCGUGGGAUACCCAGAGAAAGUUGAUAUGAGACCAAAGUGGCCCACUUCUCCCGAAUACUACAACUCAUCAAUUGUUGUCAGUUCUGACGGCGAGACUAUUGCCAAUUACCGGAAAUGUUCCUUGUGGCCAGAGGACGAAAAGUGGGCGUUGGAAGGUCAGGAUGGGUUUUUCGAAGACUACCUCGAGGGCAUCGGAACUACCGUCAUGGGUAUAUCCGCGGACAUUAUUCGAUCCCCACAGGAGCCAGACAUGGACUCACUCACCUGCUGGGUGCAACGACUGGAGCCACUCAUCAAGACCCAGACCGGCGAGGAAGUUAUCGUUAUCUUCUGUAACCGUAGUGGUACCGAGUCCGGUCAAGCAUUUGCUGGCACUAGCGCUAUUCUUGGUAUCAAAGACGGCGAGGUUUCAGUCUAUGGCUUGCUUGGUCGCGGCGUCAAGGAUGUUCUCAUGGUUGACACCAACCAUCCACCAAUCGCAAAGUUAACUCAGCAUGAUGCUGAAGUGGCCAGCGAACCUCGAAAACCAGCAGAGAUGCCCAAGGCCAGUGAACCUCCCAGUCGCAAGACCAUCUUGCACCAAAGGCCGCCGUCACCCGGCCUAAUUUCUUCCCAGCUCAGCCCCGGGCUUGUGCCAGAUUUCGCGUCCGCAGCACUGCUCGCUUCGACAAUGAUGGCACCGCCUGGUGAUCUCAGGGCCGAACCCGCGGGGCAACGUGAGAAAUCCGCCGUCUCACUGCAGGUCCCGCCGUUGGGCAAGUAUUCUUCUCGCGGUGGUUCCGAAUCGCCCAAAAAGCCCCCUAGCCCCAAGGCGAAAUCAGUGGCACCCAAGCUGCAGAUUCCCACAAGUCAGUUUUCUACAGCUAUACAGCAGAGCAUCAGUCCUGCUGUGGACAGCCCCGACGUGGCAACGCCCAUCUGUCCAAGCCCAACGCCUCAAGAUAUGCGACCGUUUUUUGCGACGACACCGAGCUCUGCCCAUUCUCCCAUGCAGUCCAGAAAGCAUCCCUACAUCUCGAGCGGAACCGUCAAGGUGAUUACAGACUAUCGCACGCCGACCAAUCCGACGACGCCCUUUCUUGAGUUCUUCCGCAACAUUUCGCCCUCUUCGCCAAAAUCGCCAACUGUUUUCCAGUGCUCGCCUCUUCACUCCCCAAAGCUUUCUCAGAAGGAGGACAAUCAACUCUAUUGGGUCCCGCCACGUAAAAUGAUUGCCUCGCCCAUCGAGCCCCCAAAGCCCGUCGAGACUCCGAAUAAAAUCGCAAGAGCCGACACUCCCCUCGACAGAAUGCUGUCCAUGUUUGCUAUGCCCCCAACUUUUGUGCCUCGUCAAACGACUUCUUCUCCCGUUUCCAUAGCAGUAGUCAAGUCUCCCGGGCCACUGGUCCCGGAAAAGCCCAAGAGAAAGCCCAGGUCUACCACUCCCGCGUCGGUAGAUUCCAGACCAGCGACAGACGGCUUCAGGAAGGCCCGCAUGCGCUCCUCGUCUACGAAACAGCAACAGCCGCCCGAGGCGUCCUCCACUCAGAACCGCUCCCAACGUGACGAUGCAAAACGCUCGCUUUGGAUCGCUCCCCCUCCCAAAAGUCGCAGCCAAAAUCGCAGCCAGAGCGUGACGCCGAUGGACACCUCCCCUGCGGUCGCUUUCCCCGAGCCCCUGAACCUCAAAAACCCAGCGCCCCGAUCGCGCAGCGCGGCGGCAAUCACCAGGCCUUUCGAAUCACCAAAGACGCCCGUGCCCUCGCCGCCGCUCAAGGACGAGGUCGUGGAGAAGCCCGUCAAGCAGUACCGGCCUUGCCCCCGGGCCAAUAGCAACCUUGGCGGCAGACGAGCCCACAGCGCCAGCCGCGUCGUCACCGGCAUCAAAUCCCAAGGGGAUUUGCCGCCAUUACCCCUCGCCCCGUCGUCCAGCUGGCCGGGCGACGCACCAGCCGCGGGCGAGAUUGCUCGGCCGACCAGCCGCCGGGGCCACGAGACGCCCACGCAGCAGCAGACGAUGGGCCACCGUCGAAGCCAGUCUCUUUCAGGGCCAGGACCCGCCUCCAGAGACGCCGCUCUGCAGUCCCGCCCGCUCGACCCUUCAGCACAGAGGCCGGUCAACGACGCCGAGUCCAUCUCGGGAGCCUCCAGAAGCAACCAGCCGCGGGGCCGCUCCGCCACCAAAUCGCCCCCGAUCUUACAGCCAGCGACGAGCCUCGACACCCCGAGGGGCCGAUCGAUCGAGCAGCGAAGCAAACCCAGGGCGCGGAAGCGGACGGAGACGCCCGGGACGACCAGCAGCUCCUCCUGCGUCCGGCACGCCGUCGGCUCUCCGGCAGGCAUCGAUCCCGACGAGAUCAUAGCCACCAUCAGCAAGCUUACCGACGACUGCCCCUACCACAAACAGGGGACGCCGGCGCUCGGGACUGUGAUUCGUUCCGCCGACGGCAGCCUGUACACGAUUGAGUUGCCUCAGCGCGUUCAGGAUCUGGCAAUGUCGAUAUUGCAGAACCCUAAUUACCUCGCCGGCGCUUCUCUAAAUAGAAGACAAAGCGCCGUGUGGUAG